AUGAGCUCAUUUGGCCCAUUUUCAACAGAAGCACAUCGUCUUGAACAAGAUAACUUGCAAAUGAGGCGAGAAAUUGAUGAAUUGCGAAGUGAAUUAAACAGAAAAACUAAGAAAUUAGAGAGAGUAAUUGAAGAAUUAAGGAUUACAAAAGAUCAAAUGUCUAGAUCACAAUUAUCUAAACAUGAUAUUCAUGAGGAAACAUACCCUCGAAAAUAUUCACGUCGUGAUGAUAGAAAUUACAAUCAAUGUUGCUGUUGCAAAUGCUGCUGCCAUUGUGAUCCAAUGAAUGAUCUUUCCAGAACAGAAGAAUCUCUUCAAAGACUUGUUUCGAAAUAUGAUUCAUUAAAAGAAGAUUAUAAAGAUCUUGAGAGAGAAAACGCUCGCUGGUCAGAAUUUUGUUACUUUUUAUAUGGAAUAGCCUCAACAAAUCUUCAGUACUUCCCAGAGUAUCCAGAAAAUCACCCAGAUACACAAAGAAAAGUAGUAAUGUCAUUGAUCAGAAAAAUUUGCAAAGUUGGUGGCAAGGAAAUUUCAGAACAUGCUGAAUUCGAGUCCCUCAAAAACAAAUAUUCCAAAGUCACAAAAGGAAUUUCAACAGUUCAUCAUGAAUGCGAUAAUCUUGAUGCAAUCCUUCACGAUUAUCCUUCAUACUAUAAUAGAAGAACAGGCGAAAUAACAAGAAUCGAGAAUGAUGUCUUUGACGAAGAUGCCAGCUCAGCAAGAAAAAGAAAAUAUUCGAACAAUGAGCACAAGGAAAAAAUAUCAACCAAGACCAAAGAAGUUUCUCCAGCAUCAAUAUCAAGAUCCAUCAAGAAAGUUCAAGAAAAAAUCGAAAACGUCUCAAAUCAGGCAAAUACAAAACCAACAUCUUUGAAGUCAGAUAUCCAAAAACUCCAUGAAGUUACUAAGCAAAUUAAAGAAGACUACAAAUCGAUGUCGUUCAAUGAAAAAGAUAUCCACUCUGAUUAA